CAGGGAGAAGAGCAGCCAACAGGUCUUCAGAGGAUUCCAGAUGCAUCCUAAUGGAGAGAACAUUUUGCCUCUGGAAGGUAAAAGUAGCUGUCUGCAUAAGCUAUAAGGACGACUUGUGGAGAAAUGCAAGUACAGUAUACGUGCUAUGCUGGCUGAAGGUGAAAGCAUGGCAAGUACAUCGCUAUGUGCUGCUAAUACAUCAGCAUCUCAGAAUCUUCGGAAAGUGUCUGGGUUUGUAGAAAAUAAAACCACACAGUGCUCGUUUUCCAUUGAAAGUAUUUUGGGACUGGAGCAGAAAAAAGAUGGCAUUCCAGCUGUGAAACCUCACAGACCGUGGAUGGAUGCAUGCACCAACUUGGUUUUAGGUGAUGACAGUAAUCCUCAUCUCCAAAUCCCUGUUGUUUGCUAUGAAAAUCCAUUAUUUCAUGCUAACAGUACUCCAGUGCAAGAGGAAAAAGUUUUGAAAUGUGAAAAAUAUUUCUCAGUUACUGAAAGGCUAUCUUUCAAACGAGAAUUGAGCUGGUACAGGGGUAGAAGACCAAGAACUGCAUUCACUAGAAACCAGAUUGAAGUCUUGGAAAAUGUUUUUAAAAUGAACUCCUACCCUGGCAUUGAUAUUAGAGAAGAGCUAGCUCGCAAAUUAGAUUUAGAUGAAGACAGGAUCCAGAUCUGGUUCCAGAACCGUCGUGCAAAACUGAGAAGAUCACACCGAGAAUCUCAGUUUCUAAUGGUGAAAAAUACUUUAACCUCCAGCCUGCUAGAGUAGAAAGAAGGAUGGUUUACUGUUAUGGUACUACAAUAGAACAUGAAGAAUUACUGGAAUUUUCAUAAGUUGUAUUAAGUAAUGAUGAUAUAUUAAUUUGAUAUAUUAAUUAUGAUUUUAUCCCCAGAUUUGAAAGUUUAUCAUAAUUUUCAUUCAAAUAAACUGUAAAUACUUGAAGUAUUAUUAUAAUCUACUUUUUGUGGGAAAAGUUAACUUUUCCUAUAUAUUUUAAUAAGUAU